CCAUAUAUAACGAUGUCUUCGUGAUUUAUCAGAAUCAAACAUUACAUUAUUACAGAAUGAUAAAAUAAAGUUUAGUUAACUUAUCUAAAUAGGAAUCUUUCUAAGAUUUCAUUAUGCUAGAAAGACAUUGCUUUCAAAUUCUUUCAAACUCAUCUAUAAAUUGAGCGCUCCGGAUUUUAAGUAUCAAAGAUGGCUGCGUCCAUGUGCAACUGCGCUCGGCGAGUGCUUGCAACAAGUGCUAGAUCGUGCUAUAGGUCCUGUACAGUGUCUACACAAUCCACACCGAAGGAGACCUUGGAUACAAAACAAGCAGAUAUAGUUAUCCCAAAGAAGAAAAAAAGGGAUUCUUUGUCUAUACUUCAAGCCUUGGCAUCAACUGUUGGCAAGGAUGAGACAGCUCCCAAAUACAUGUUCAUGGACGACCCCUUCCUGAUUCCAUACUCGUAUUCUGCAAAGAGGAAUUUCGCCUUGUCCAAAGCGUCUGGGCGGAAAGCUGCCCGUUUCAUGGUGAACAAGUAUCCCCGCUUCUUCAGAAACAGCCCUGCUGACCCACCCAUUGAGGCAUUAGUGCCCAAACCAGACAAAUACAAGCAUCGCUUUGUGAAUGAACUGGCAUUGAAUGAAAGGAUUGAGAAGAGACGGGUGACAGAUGCAGUUGAUAUCUAUAAAAGCCUAAAGAAAGAAGGUACGCGGAUCAGUGCCGACACGCACCAACGCCUCCUGGAUCUGCUGUGUGUCUACAACAGUGCAGAGCCCGCAGACAAACUGCUGCCUGAAGAAUUUGAAUUUCGACAAGAUAUAGGGAAAGAUUCCCCCCGAGGUCCGUCCAAGUCGUGGAACAGGAAUGGCAUGGCCCAGGCUGUUUUUGAUGACAUGGAGGAGAAGACGGCAGAGGCUUACAAGAGCAUGAUCAGGGGGCUGUCUAAAUACAGAGGUCAUGACAGAGCAAUCGAGUACUAUGAAGAAAUGGUGGCUGCGGACAUGCCGUUGGAUACGCCAACAUACAACGCCAUCAUCUACAGCUCCGUGUUCACAGACAACUCCUCCAGUGAGAUACGCUGGCAGCACCUGCUGUGCCUGCUUGGGGAGAUGAGCAUGCGAGGACUCCGCCCCGACCUGGAGACGUUCAACCAGGCGUUCCUGUGCCUGGUGCGGAUGAGGAAGAACACCAACCAGGAGCGGGCGUUCCAUAUGCUGACUGAGAUGAAGAAAUGUGAGAUUGAGCCCAGCCUGUCAAUUUGGUCAAGAUUGUUGAGCAUUGUGUACUUUGAAGACCCUGUACAGUCGCCUCUGCUUGGUGCCAUCGUGGACUAUCUGGAGGAACAUGGCGUCACCUGGCGGCACCCAGAGGAUGGGGAGUUCUUCAAAUCAGCAAUGGCCAAGUGUUUCAUCAGUCAGAAGGACCCGGAGCUAGCUAAACGUAUACACAAGCUGUUCAACACAGGACGGAACUUCACCGUCAUGUCUGACCUUCACACAGAGUCUCUCUACUACAACUUCUUCUUCCGAACUCUGUGUUUGAUGGACGACAUUGACACCGUCAUGGACUACUACACCAGCAUCGUGCCUUGUCAAUGGACGCCCCAUUUUGCUGUCAUUCAGGAGAUCAUGAGAGCUGUAGAGCUACACCGAGGUUACCGACAUCUCCCCCAGAUCUGGUCAGAUUUGGUGAGACUUGACAUUUCCCGGCCACACGUGCUGAACCUAAUCCUUGGCCUGAUGGUGAAGAGCCCGACGGAGCCAGAGCUGUCUGGGAAGUUUGCCGACUGUGCCCAGUUUCUGAUCCAGCAGUGGAGGGAGAAGAUCACAGACAGGAGACCCUUGGUGUUGACUGCAGAAAUCAUGGGUCAUAUCAUUUCUCUCCUGGUGAAGGGGGAUCGAUUCAGUGAAGCAUGGGCUGCAUUUGAAACAUACAAGUUCAAUGGUCGUGACUUUUCAGGAUUACCAGGAGAGGAGACAUUUCAUCUUCUGCUGAAUGGCUGCAUCCAGGAAGAUGACCCAGAGAAGGCUGUGAUGGUGGUGCUGAUGAUGGACGAGAUGAUGAUGCCCCGGGUGGACGAGGCGUCCAAGAAGACCGUGGAGACAAUGUCACUGUCAGGGCCACAGAGGAGUCAAAUAGAGCACCUGCUGCCCCGCACGAUGUUGUAGUGUUGCUGGAGAAAGUGACUCCUGGAAGCAGCUGUUGUCGGACAUCCCAGCUGAACCUGGGUCAGCACCAGUGUUAUCAGACUGGUUCUGGGAGGCACCUGAACGAGGACAACACAAGAUGGCGCCACCGAUGUCAGGAGGUGGUUAAUUGUGUGGAUGUCCGAGUAACAGGACUACAAAAGACGUGGAAUACAAAGGCAGUUUCAAAAUUUUGGAAUAUGGGAUGCAAAAAAAGUCCCAAACUGACUUGGCUGGGGGCGCAAUUAACAGGUAAAGUGUCUAACAAUAGAGGGAGAUGCACGCCCCCCUCGGGAUCCGCCAGUGGACUACCGUUAUAGGAAACAGUGUGAUAGUAGUGAUGGAAGCUUCUGUUCCAUUGACAAACGACAGUUUUGCCAGGCACUGAACUCGUGUAGGGCUGCUUGUGUUGAGACAGAGACAGGGUUGUCCUGGAGACUUUAGUGAGAUCAACCAUUGCAGGUUCCUGGUUCAACUGAUGGCAGUGUUCCGAGGUGUGAUUAUCUCUGAUGAUGUGACGAUGUGCUUUGUUCUUUAUAAAUGUUUCUCGGUUUCAGUAUGUGUGAGUAGCUUGUGAAGACAUCCGCCAUGUGUGUGUAUCUGUGGAAGACGUGUGGAUGUGUGGUGCAGCCUAGUAUUAGAUCGAGAAUGUCAGUCUGGGUGUCUUCAUGUCAAAUAUAGCAACAAGUUUGAUACAAGUUGUAAACUGAGGCUUGCUGAGUCCCAUCUCCCGAGGCAAGAGAGUUAUGUGACCACAAAAGUCCAGUUUCCACCCUUGCCGAACUUGACUGGAGUUAUGAAGUUAUAUUUUGGCUGGACUAACGACGUGUCAUGUUUUUAAUCUAGGUGCUCACGUGAUAUGAUGGACUACACAAAGUAACACCUGUUUUAUUACUGUAUAGAUCUGGAUUAUCGAUCAGUCUUCACUUGGCACCUCCUUUUUGUGUGAAGCAAAUAGUCAGUAGGAGGACAUAGCAGGGACAUAAUCUGUAAUAGCCACUGGUGGGGCUACGAUGGAGCCCAGGAACUCCAGCCUUGUUCAGCAAGGGUGGAAACUGGACUUUUAGAGUCAGUUAACUCCCUUGACUCAGGACCCUUGACUCAGGAAGAUGGCUGAGUCCGUUUAUCAAUGAGUGUUGACAUAUUUGUAUCAGUUGACAUUCGGGUGAGAUUCUGUUUAUCAUCCAUAAUUAUUCUUCCAACUCACUGUGGUCAACAAAGCGACGUCUCGUGUGGAAGUCAGUUGUGGAUGAUAAAUACACCAUGAUACCAUGUGACACUAUUAACAGGAACUGAAUAUACAUUGUGUACACCA